AUGUGUAAAAAAUGCGUCGAAAUUAGCCGCACACCCCCCACCGCCAUCGGGGGCCGGUUCGGGGGGCCCCGCUUCCUGUCCCAUGGAAAGCAACGUCUGGGUUUCAAGGGGGCCCCCAUUUUUCCAAGGCCACAAGCCCCAAAAGCCAGCCAGCCCAGCAGCCAGCCAGGCCAAAAACAAAAGGGGCCCAAGCCAGCCACAGGCCAGGGCCAAGCCAAGCCCCAGGCCCCAGCCAAGCCAAAGCAAGGCCAGCCAAGGCCUCAGGGGCCAGGGCCCCAGGGGGCCCAGGCCCAGCAAGGCCAAGUGGGCCAACAGCCAGCCAAGGCCAGGGGGGGGGCCCCAGCUUCGGAUCUUCCCUAG